GCCGCCUGGCUUGCCAGGAGGGAGACGGCAAGGGCAACGGCCUACUCGCCCUGCGAGCGCGGAAAGGGGGGGCGAAGAGGGGCGCCGAGAUGAGGAAGGGGUCGGUGGGAAGAGGAGGCGCCCAAGAGGAAAUGAGCGGCACCAAGUAGCAGCAGCAGCUUCGGGCCCCGGCGCAAGCCCACGCCGCUGCCGCCCGCUCCAGAGCCACAAGGAUGCGUCAGGAUGAAACGCCACAGGCAUCUAAGCAGCAGUGACAGUUCAGACAAUGAAAGUCCCUCCACUUCUUUUUCUUCUUGUUCCAAGUACAGGAGCAAAUCAAAAACUCCAGCAAAUGAGCAAAAGAAACCUGCUGAGGUGUUUAGAAAAGACCUCAUUAGUGCCAUGAAACUUCCAGAUUCUCAUCAUAUUAAUCCAGAUGAAUAUUACCUCUUUGCUGACACGUGGAAACAAGAAUGGGAAAAGGGUGUGCAGGUCCCAGCCAGUCCAGAUACCAUUCCACAACCUUCUCUUAGAGUGGUAGCAGAAAAGGUGAAGGAAGUACUGUACACACGGCCCAGGAAGUACAUCCGUUGUUCAAGUCAAGAGCCUUCCGAGCCUGGUUACAUCAAUAUUCUGGAACUGGCAGAAUCAAUGUGUCGUUACGACUUGGAUGACAUGGAUAUUUUCUGGCUUCAGGAAGUAAAUGAAGAACUUGCUGAAAUGGGAUGUGGACAGCUUGAUGAGAACACGAUGGAGAAGAUGGUGGAAGUCCUAGAACGUCAUUGCCAUGAGAACAUGAACCAUGCUAUUGAGACAGAAGAAGGGCUGGGUAUAGAAUAUGAUGAAGAUGUAAUCUGUGAUGUUUGCCGAUCUCCUGACAGUGAAGAUGGAAAUGACAUGGUGUUUUGUGACAAAUGCAACAUCUGUGUGCAUCAGGCAUGUUAUGGAAUUAUAAAAGUUCCUGAAGGAAGCUGGCUGUGCCGUACUUGUGUCCUUGGAAUACACCCUCAGUGUCUUUUGUGUCCAAAGAGAGGUGGGGCCAUGAAAGCCACCAGAACAGGCACCAAGUGGGCACAUGUAAGCUGUGCUCUCUGGAUUCCAGAGGUUAGCAUUGCUUGCCCAGAAAGGAUGGAACCAAUUACAAAAGUGUCUCACAUUCCACCAAGUAGAUGGGCUUUAGUCUGCAGCUUAUGCAAAUUGAAAACUGGUGCUUGUAUUCAGUGCUCUGUGAAGAGCUGCAUCACUGCCUUUCAUGUCACAUGUGCCUUUGAGCAUAGCCUAGAGAUGAAAACCAUCCUUGACGAUGGUGAUGAGGUCAAGUUCAAGUCAUACUGUCUAAAGCAUAGCAAAACCAAGCAGAGCUUAUUGCCUGAGUCAGAUGACCACCCCAAGAGCACAGUGGACCAGAAGCAAACAGAGAGCGAGAAAACUAGUCUGCGUGCUCAGAAACUUCGAGAGCUGGAGGAGGAGUUCUACUCACUAGUGAGACUAGAAGAUGUUGCAGCAGAGCUAGGCCUUCCAAAAUUCACUGUGGACUUGAUCUAUAACUAUUGGAAAUUAAAACGAAAAAGUAACUUUAAUAAACCAUUAUUUCCUCCCAAGGAGGAUGAAGAAAAUGGCUUGGUUCAGCCAAAAGAAGAUAGUAUUCAUACUCGAAUGAGGAUGUUCAUGCACUUGAGACAGGAUCUGGAAAGGGUACGGAAUCUUUGCUACAUGGUAAGCAGAAGAGAGAAGUUAAAACUAUCUCACAGCAAAGCACAUGAACAAGUUUUCAAUUUGCAAGUUCAGCUUAUUAAUCAAGAAAUUGCUGCAGGCCAUUCUCUGACAAGUGCAGUGGAGAACACACUGUUUUAUCCACCUCCUAGAAUCACAUUAAAACUGAAGAUGCCAAAAUCAGCACUGGGAGACUGCAAAAAUAAUUUGAAGCCCAGUAACAAGCCCCUUUCUCCUGAUAACAAUACUAUGAUUUACUGCAAGAAGGGCAUUCCAUUUCCCAAGGAACCUUUUCUUUCAAAUAUUAAAUCCUACUCACGGUUUCAGCAUGAAAAUAGAAGUAAUGGUUUAUUUGGAGGGGUUGUCAAGUCUAGGAAUGAAGCAAAGGAGUCUGGCCUGGCACACUCCUCAGAUUUCCAUCGCGGACAGUCAUCUGGCAAACCUUUAGCACUUCAAGCUGCAUUGCACGGACAGUCUUCCAUGGGGAAUGGGAAAAUGCAGCAGAACUCUAAACUAGCAAAAUCUAAUGGCUUAAUGAGCAGAAUUGGUGAUAUGUCUCAGCGAGACAGCUCCAGCCAAACAACAUAUGAGCAGCAGUCUGUACUCUCUGCACACUUGGCCAGCCAGAGCAGCUUCAGAAAAUCCACAAUAGAACACUUUAGCAGAUCCUUCAAAGAAGCAACCAACAGUUUGGUGAGGACCACAGAAGAUCUCAGAUGCUGUGAAAAGCCUACAAGAAGGAUUUCAAUGCGAGAGCGUUCAUGGGGCAAGCAGACACUUGAAUAUCCAAUGGGCAGUGCUCCUUAUCAGGACAAUGAUGGAUAUUGUCCUGAUUUAGAGCUCAGUGACUCUGAAGCUGAAAGUGAUGAGAAUAAAGGACAAAUCAAAUUGAGGAAGAGCAGCUCAGAGAGAGAGAGCCCAAGUAAAGACUUCAGUAGAGAUUGUCACAGCAGAAACAAAAGAAGUUUGAUUUCUCACAGUUCAGUACAAAGAUGAUUAGAAACUCCUGAUCACAAAAAUGGCUAAGCCCUUGUAUCCAAAAAUACUGGAAUAAACCAUGAGAUCUUCAGGUUAAAGAAUGCAGUGCUGGGCCAUGAGCAAACAUAACAGUGAAUCAGCUCGCUAUUUAGAGAAGUUGUUAAUUGGGUUUUACAAGGUCAAUGUGCUAUAAGUAAAGGUUACUUGCAUAUUUAUAAAGGUGAUUUUAUAUGUCGGCUUUCCUGUGUGGCAUUGAAUAUGCUGGGCUUUGUAGUGGUGCACAGGUAUUCAAAAAGCCCUUCUAUCAUUCUGUUAUAAUUUGGGACAAUAUCUGACAGUUCUUGUUGCAGCUGCAAUGUCUCAAUUUAUGGGAAAACCUAAGUAGUCACUUAACUUUUAAGGGAAACUUGUCAGCCACAAGAACUCAAUAAAGUUGAGUCAGGUGCUUAAAUUUUUUUUUUCUGGGAUGUUCAUGACUACUAGACAGAAAUCAUGUUCUUAAUUAGUUUUCAAACAAAGCAUGUAACCCUAGAUAUUUACUUGAAAGUAAGGCCCAUUGAGUUAGAAUAGGGCUUACUCUCAAGUAAACCUGCAUAGGAUCAGGGUUUAUGUAAUAUUUUCUCCUAAUCUGAAGAUUUACAGACACUACAGUCAAUGCUGCCAAACACACUGACCUCUAGAUUUUUCCCUGCAUAGUUUGCUCUUGCGGAAAAUUGUUUCCCUGUGCUAUAGAAACUUGCUGUAUUCUGUAAAUACUCUUCUAGUAUUUUUUUAAAUUGUUUUUUAAUCCUUGUAUAUAUAAAUAUAUAAAUAUAUAUAUAGCUUGUUGUGGGUUGCACUUGUAAAAUAUUUUACCCAGCCAUGCCAAUACAGGUGGCUGAUAUGUGGAUAGUGUUUAAUACUAGUACUUAAGAAUCUCUUGACAUAUUCAGGCAAUCACCGGUGAUGCCAGAUUCUUUUUUGUCAACUUAGAAAGCUUUUUUACAUGAUCCACCUCAUACACACUUUUUUGUUCCUCAGCUAGCAAAUACUUGGUCGGGUUUCUGAGCCUAAAAUCUGUGCGUGUGCAAAGGAGUUUGUUAGUUUCCAAGAUAAGUAGGCAGCCAUGGUAAUCAAAAGUGGAAAAUACUGAUUCUGCUGUACUAUUUAAUUUGAUUUUUAAGAAAAUGCUGUUUGCAAUUGCCCACCUUUGAUUUUCAAGUGGAAUAAAUUGAUUUUAGUGUGCAAAUAUUGCUUCAUUAAAAGAGUAAUCAAAAUUGUUUGAAAUAGUGCCAUCUGAAGUGCAAGUACUUUGGGUUGAAUUUGAAAUCAUUAUUAAGAUAUAGCAGGUACAAACUAGUGCCAAAUUUUCUUUGAAAGCCAUAACUCUGAUGCAUUUAGUUGGGAAGGGUAAGUUCUUGAUAGGAAUCAGGAAAUAAAAUGAACCUGACUGUUCUGCAUGUUUCACUUCCUGCAUUCUUAAAGUUUGCUUUGUUUACUUUUUAUAUUCUUAUGUAACUUUUAUCUUUUCCCAAAGUGAUUUAUUUUAAGGUAUUUCCAUUGAUGUAAAUAUGCAGUAGGUUCUUUUAAAGUGUUAUUCUUUUUUGGGAAAUGCUUGGCCUUUUAAGUUGUGAGCCAUUCAGAAUGGUGCUGAAAAUGUUCACUCCCUUGUAUAUCAGUUCUAGCUCUCUUUUUAAAAAAUAUAUUUAUUAUUAAUACUUUUUACUGGUCAUGUGAGUGUAAGAAGGAACUUGGGAACAAUUACUUGGGCUAGGAGGAAGAAACACAAUCAUGUUUCAUGCUAAGUGGCAUGAGUAAAACACAAAGGCUGGUAAAUGGUGCUUCAACAAGAUUGCAGAGUUUUGCAAACAUAAGAAUGAUGACUAAUAUACUAUCUUCCUUGGCAAUAGUGUUUUUAUUUUUUUUACAUGAUUUUAAUAGAUACAUGAAGGCGCCUUUGGCUGUAUAGCUCUCAAAUGUGUGUCUCCAAAAUGUAUUUGCUAGUUUUUCAAUGUGUUCAGUGGCUAACUCUUUGAAGUAUUACUUCUUAAUCUUUGUUUUGCUUUAUAUAAAUAUAUAUAUAUAUAUACAAUUUUUUCAAAAAUGGACUGUCUUUUUCAGACGUCCC